AGGCUAGCGUCACCUAGAGUUGUAUCACGUAAAAGGAUUGAAGGGGGGCGAGAAGGAACUUGCCUUGCGCACGAGCAUCGUAACCUUCUCUCUGUCUCUAUCUAGGAAAUUAGACAUAUAAGAAUACAUAUUACAUACGCUGAAAAGGCAGUUACAAUAAUCAUGAACGACUCCUCGGAGGACACCACCACUGUCACCUCCAUUCAGUUCUCCGUGGCAUCGUCGCACGCCGGCGGUGGGGUCGGUCGAAGUAGCAGCACCGGCAAAGGUGCCACCACCACCGCUGCCGCUGCGGCGGCGGCUUCUCGCACUGCACCGCCACUCAACGCACAGGCCACGAAGAGGAGACUCGCACUCGGCAGCAGCGCCGCACCCACGGCCUCAUCAUUACCAAGCAGAUCUCGUCACCCACCUCUCUCACCGCAGGCAGUUAACGCGGUAUCCUCCACCUCAUCCCCACCGUUGCCAGGGUUAAGAGCUGCCUUAGCCACGCCACCGCCAUCCGCUUCGUCCAGCCUGGUCGAGGCACCGGCGGUGGGACACGGUUCAUGGUCUGCCUCGCCGUCGGACGCGAGUCUGCUGUUUGUGCGAGCUGUGGCGAAGCUCAACGUCCCGCAUCCGAACUCGUCCGGCGAGUCCCAACACCCACCAUCGCAGCAGGAGGGCGACGCCAGCAGCAGUGACGAGGCGGUCCGAGGCCAUCGUGACCACCAGCAUCGUACUCCAUACGAGUCGGGUGGCCUACACAUGGCGGAGGAGGAGGAGGGUAUCAGAAACAAGUCUGCCCGCAUGAAUGUAACCAGUCACUCGGUGACGUCGUCGAGAGGCAGCAUUGACUUUCAAGAAGAAGAGGCGGAGCAGCAGGUGGCUGCAGUCCCUGCGAUGGCGUCCCCGCCCAUCGUGGCAGCCACGGCCGCGACACCACCCGCCACCCUUCACGUGGGAGGUAAACCAUGGACGCUGAAGGGGACGAAUGCGCACGGCAGCUCUGGUGCGACGCCGCCACACAAACAGAAGCAGCAGCAGCAGCCAUCAUCGUCGUUGUCGACAUCCCCGCGUAGCAUUUCGCCCGGAAAGCUCGUCCCAGUGAAGACGGCCGCGGUGCUCGCACCAUCGAAAGCGAUGCGUUCCAAGGUUGUGGAACUGGCCGCGACGACCCCAUCCCCCUCUCCCCCGUCGACCCCGGUAAGUCGAAAGAUGCUCUACACGACGGGGACGACGAGCGUGCGACCGCGCACGGUCGUCACGACGAACACCGCGACAGGCCUCUCCUGCGCUGCCCCAGCGAGGGGCACCUCCGCCAGCCACAUUCCCUCGCCCCGCUACGACCCAUCGUCUCCGCACGUGCCGCUGAUACCGGCCGUUGCAGUGGAUGAACAAGCGCCGCAGCAGCAACAGCACAGUGAUGAAGACGAAGACAGAUCACCACCAUCACCACCGCCGCAGCGACGAUACGACAGUGGCCCUCACCACAUACGCACGCCGUCAACGUCUUCGCCCGGGUCACCGCCGACGAGCAGCAUGGCGAGUGGCGGGAAUUUCGCUCGGAUGCCCGCGGCGGCGUACGCGGUAGCGGCAGCACCGCUCAGCCUCGGUCAGAGCAGCUCUGUGCAACAACACCGCCGUGUCUCGUCCGUCAGCGUGCCGAACGAGGAUGACCCGGUGUACUGCACUGUGAGCGAGAUGACGAACGCGGCCUCGAUGCGCGGCGGCACCUACUCCAUGCUGCCCAUCGGGGCGAUGGGUGUCGGUGCGGCGGAGACGUUCAUGUCCUCGCACCGUCCCUCGCUGGUGCCUUCCGCCAGCGCCGCCGCUGCUGCUGCUGCUGCUGCCGCCGUGGCGUCACGACGGGUGCAGUCCUUCGACAUGUCCCUCGACGAGUCGAACCCAAUGCUAAGCAUCAUCACACCGAAACAUGGGACGGGACAUGUGAUGGGGGGAAGUGGCCAAACGACGGCGGCGGCGCUGUCGCCCUCCCCUAAGCACCAGGAUCUGCAUCACGUCAUGCCCCUGCCGACCUUCACGGCACUGUCCAGCGGCCAGCAGCCUACCGCAGAGGGGGGACAGACUGCCGCUGGAACGGAUAAGGCGGCAGCGGCGGAGGCUCGCUCGAUCACCACCGCCCCGACAGCGGAGACGGCGUCGAUCCAGACACGAGAGAGCAGCAUCGCCUCGCCGCGGCCGCCCGACACGAUCACGAACGUCAACCCCACCAACGCCCAGCAGGGACUCAACAACGUAGCGAAGAAGCCAAAGAAGGCAUCGCCGCGCCCCGCUGCAUCGUCGGGUCCGCCAGAAGCAAGAGACACACGCGUUGUCGAGGAGACGGAGGAGGAGCCGGCGCAGCUUCCACGUCGUCGCAGCAGCUUCUCUGCCGCACUCAAUGCCCUGGGCGGGAAGUCGCUGCUGUGCCGUACGAAGAGUGGCUCCACAGCGUCCAAGUCAGGCGCGGAGGACAACGAAGGGAGCACCCCGUCACUGCGGUCACGGCAGUCCACAUCGCACAGCAUCGCCGCCGGUCUCUCGCGGUUGUCAUCGCGGCUGAAGCGCGGGGUGCGGAAGGUGAUCUCGGCCCGUCGCCCCUCCGAUGAUGUAACCUCUCAACAGCAACAAGACCAAGGAACGGACGCGGCGUCCGAUGUGCAGCUAGGCGUGGGCACCGCCGCGAGUACGGUCGUCACCCUCGUGCCGACAGACCUGGCGACGACGACGGUGGACGACUCCGCCACGCUCAGAGGCCGCAACAACGCCGUGCCUCUCCCGUCCGCACGGCUGCCCACCGCCCGAUCGACGCCGACCCGCGACAACCAAUCCACCUCAGUAGACGCGUCUAUUGCGUUUCACACUGACGCCGAGGACACAAAGACGACGCGGCUGGGGCACGAGGGCCAGGGAGGGCAGACACACACAAUGGCGAACGCACCGGACCCGAUGACGCGCCCUGAAGCAGCAGCAGCAGCGGCAGCGGCGCUCAUCCUUUCGCGGCCAGCUGAGGAGGAGGUGCGCGAUGCCGCCAACGCGGAUGGUAGCAAUGGCAGCAAAGGCGGUGCUACGAGACGCGAGGACAAGACGCAAAGGAGGAAGCGAAGACGCCAUGGCCACCGUAGCAGCCAUCGCCGUCGCCAUCACCACCGCCACCAUAACCGUUCGGCGUCAUCGCCUUCCUCUUCCGAUUCCGCGCACGCGUCAGACACGCGCUCCGCAUCGUCCGGCUCCUCCUUCGCGAGCUCCUCGACGGCCGCCUCCACCACUUCGCUGACGUCGAGCGAAGUCCGUCGACAGAAGGACAAGGAACGGAGGCGGCGGCGGCGCCACCGGCGGGAGCGGCGAGAAAAGCAUCGGAGGGACGCCAGACGAAGAGCGAGUGACGUGACGGAGGGAGAAGGAAGCGAGGACGCGCCGACCGAAAACGACUCCGGCGGCGUGCACCGCGACGCCAAUAGGAAGCGGAAGCCAAGAAGACACCGGGCGGCGUUCUCGAGCACCUCUGUUGCUUCCGCGCGGGAAGGGGAGGGGCAGGGAAAGCACCGAAGCUGUCGCCGCGGCGGCGCGAGGCAGCUCGGGAAAACGGACGAGGAGUACGCCUCGUCAGUGCACAGGCGUCACCGCACGCGUUCUCCUGCUCCUUCUCAACAGAACUCAAAAACACCAAUUGGAGGCGACGCAAAGAGAAAGGGGGAGGAGGAAGAGGAGGAGGAAGCGGAGAUGCCCCCUGCUGCUGUUCAUGCUGCCCGUCGCCGCGCUAUGCUUGCGGCGUCGCGGGUGCACUCCACCGUGAACCACUUCCGUGCCGCCUGGCAAACCCAGCAAAAGAAUCGCCAUCGCCUCUGGCAACAGCAGUACGAUGCCUUCAAGGAUCGUCAGCGGGCGCUGCGGCAAUUCGAGAUGGAACGGAAGCUGCGCUCGCAAGAGGCGGCGAUCAACGCAGCGGUGGCGACGGCGGCGUCACGCAGCGCCUCGCGCCCACGCGCUGUUCACGACGCCCACAACGGGGCCGUCCGAAGGCCGCAGACACCGAUUGCUGCUGCGGGGCGGUUAGAUUUGAACGAGGCCGCCCUGACGAGUGAUAUCGCAACGCUCGAUGCGGUGAUGGAGAAGAUGCGGCGGCACCAGUUGUGGGCAGAGACGAGUCCAUCCGCAGUGGCAGCGGCUACAGCUGCAGGAAGUGCUUCAACGAGGCCUGGUGAAGGUAUUCUGCCGCACACACCAACCUCGUCACGACAACACGAAGAGUCGACGCCAAGUGCCACAGAAAUGAAAGGCGCAGCGGUAGAGAACUCGCAGCCGCCAGUGAUGGCCGGCUACAGCGUCGACGACCGACACGCUGGUGUACGUAAAGUGCGGCGGUCACCGUUGAAGAGACCGGCGACGGCUCAGCGUGCGGUGUCGCCCCCCUCCUCCUCCGCUGGGCCUCAUGCACUUCGCACGCCCACCCUCAUUGCCGGUCCGCUAUCCUCUUCCUCGUGGGCCAUCAGCGCCUACGCCGAUCUCCUGCGCCGCCCUUCUCGCAAGAAGGCCGGGAGGGAAGGUCACUCUGUCACGCGCGGCGGCUCCUCGCCGGCCCCGCGUAAACCGCCGUCAACUUUUUUCGCGGAUACGCCGUCCGUGUCGGCGUCUUCUCCGCCACCCGCAUUCGCGGAGCAGCGGGCCGCUCAUCAAGAUACCAAGCCGAGUAUUACAGUAAUCAGCAACACGAACACGACCACCACAGCGGCGCUGCAGCGGCGGUACGAAGGCCUUCUGGAGGACAUGAUGGCACAGCUGGAAGGGGAAGAGACGUUGUCUGCGGAAGCCGGCCGUCGCUCGAGCAACCCGGCAUCGAGCAGUGUCAGCCCUCGUGACCGCCACUCUAACAACAGCAGCAGCAGCCAACGCCUCCACCGCAGCAGCGAGUUUGCUGAAGGCGGUGCACGCGGCGGUCUGCCGGUCACACAGGUUCCCGCCGAAGCAACGCGAAGAAGGUACCGCAACACUCUUUCAACAUCGUACGCAUCGGCUUCGAAAGCGGACGCGAAGAGAGGGGAGGAAGAGGAGGAGGAAGUGUGGCGGUGUGCAGCGGCACUGCGUGCGGAGUACUACGAGCCCUCCCGUACCACCACCACCGUCGCUGAGAUACAGCUUGAACCGCAGCAGCGGCAGCAACGUGUCCACGUGCGGUCCGGCAAAAGUCUCCCCGAAGAUGACGAUGAAGAAGGGGAUAGUGAUGAUGCUGCGGUGCAUGAGCAAAUCGAGCUGUCGUACGCGCAGGCCCUCCGCCCUUCCUGCACCGUCUGCUGCCCGCAGCGCUUCGAGGAGUACGUGACGCUGGGGCUGCUGUCGAUGCUGCACGACACGGGACACGACGCGACGGAUGCGGUAAAUGGAAGAUCAGCGGCAACGGCGGUACAGCCGCCAUCAACGCUGCUGCAGCGACGCAUACGUGAAGACCUCUACGCACCCCCUAAGUGUUCGCCGCGGCAUCACGCGGGAGCACGCCGCGCAACGCAGUCACACGUUGGAUACAAAAGCACACGUAAAUCACAAGCGAGUGCGUCUACCGCUAUGGAGCCACCUAAGAAGAGCAACGCAGCGCUCCCUCUUGCUUCUGCAGUUUCCCCAGCUGCGAUCAAAGCCGCGCUGAUGGCGCCGUCCCCGCAGUCGCACCCCUUCACGCCUUCGCUGCCCGCCAUCUUUCUGUCUCUGCGCAUCCGCCUCAGCAGGACAGAGCGCCACGACCGACGUGUGCUGGUCGUCGCGGAAGAUGCCGCGGUACAGGCGCUACAUCGGCAGUACAUCAUCGAAACGAUCUGCGUGUUGCGGACGUUGCGCGCACAGGAGGAAGCGGCGGAGGAGGAAGCCGGGCCCCAGCAGCAGGCGCAGCAACAGCAGACGCCUUCGCCGCACAGCCUCGACAGCUCCCAGCGGCAUCCCGAUGGGGGAUACCCCGGGCAUGAGCCGGCCACGCCCGCCAUGCCGCUGUCUCCCUCGCCCCCCCAAGCAUCUGUGGCGAGGCAUACUGCCAGCACCAGUCCCGUGGGUGAGGGCGACAGCAGCGACCGGCAGCACCCGCCCUCCGCAAGGCCCUGGCGCGAGUGUGAGAGCUCCAGCGAUGGGGCGGAGCGAGACAGUAGUGAUUGCACCAUCAGCCCGGAUGAUGACCACCGCGGCCGCCGUCGCGCCGACCGCUUUACGGAUGACGACGACGAUGAAGGUGGCGAAGGCAGCUCCGAUGACAGCACUGACCAUCACUACAGCAACAACCCGAGCGCCAGAAGCUACGGUGGCACGAAGACGCCUCCCUCACUCGCGGAGCGGCUCAAUGACGACGACGACGACGAUGAUGGCAACGACGACCGACACGAUCAGCGGCAGCCCUCGGCGGAGAGCGCGGGGCCUCCCGCAAUGGUGCGUCGCGCCGUGCAACGUGAUCUGUCGCCGCUGCAUAACGUGUCGGCGGUGCGGCCUACGGUCCGCAGUCGCAGCCCGCUGUCGUUCUCCGAUGACGGCGCCGCCUUUGCGCUGGGCAGCGGUGGCGGUGCAAGCAGCGAUCAUAGAAGUUGUGACCCGACGAUGGUGCCGACGCAGCCUGGCAGUCCGGAAAGGGUCUUACCGGUGAUGCCAGCCCCGAUGGAGUCACUGGCGGAGGAAGAGGAGGGUGAAGGACGAAGGGCAGCUACAAAAGAGAGCAACAGCAGUGCUGCCGCGACACCGGCGCCAAUGACCGCUGCAGCAGCUGCGUCGAUCUCCUCUGACGUACACCGCGACGUGGAAGACGGGGAGAAGCAGCACGGCAACAGCGACGAUGCGCGGAAGCAGCGUCCGGAUGGCGCGGAUGAUGUGCCGCCUGCCUCUGCGCUAGACAACGAUAACGAUAACGACGAAGAUGACUCACGCGCCGGACAAACGGCUGUGGUAACGCGGUCGGCGGAGGAAGGCAGCGAGGCUCCCUUGCUUCCAAACAACACAGUGGAGGAAAGCUCGGCGUCCUCGGCCUCAGCAAACGGUACGCCGAGCAACCCUUCUCGAAGCGCGGUCGCCGAGACCUCAAAAGGCGAUGAGGUCCGUGGAAGUCAACUUCCUCCUUUUGAAUACCCAAUCGAUGACGACAGCGAUGAUGGGGGAGGGAGGGUCUCAACGCAGGAAAGCAGCACAGUCGCACACGCAGCAUCCCAAGACACUCAUCAGGAGACUCACAACGAGCCUGGAAAGACGGAGUCCCUUCGCGCCCCCGCUUCUCCUCUCUCGUCGAGUGCGACAGCACCGCAGGCUAUUAAGAAAUUAUCGAUCAUCACAGAGACGGAAGUCGGAGAGCAACGCAGCAGCGGCAGCGGCGGCAGUGGCAGUGGCAGUGAUGCUGCCGAACCCUCACGUGCGCCUGCGCCGUCCACAUUAGGGACGAAGAGCGCCGUGCUUGCGUUGUCGAUCAACCGCGAGGAUGCGUCCGACGCGUCGGGUGACGAGCGCGCGCUGCAAGGGUCGAGGCACGCAACGGCGAAGGACAGUCCAGCAGUGGGGACGUUGAUGGAAGCGGGCGACACAACACAGGCGAAGGGAGAUGCUGUACAGCUUCCACCUUCAGCCUCGACUUCAUCCCCGUUUUUCCAACACAGCGAUGCAGGUGGAGGACAGCAGCAGCAGCGGCAAGCGGCAGGCAAGAUCAACAGCAACGACGUCGUCGAUAGCAGAGAUGACACGGAGGCGGAGGACGACGACGAGGGAGAACGUUUUGAGGUGCACCCGGGGGUCUCGGAGGUCCACCACGGCGCCACCACCACCGCCGUGUCACAAGUCUCGGACGUGGCGGGCAGCGAUGCUGCUGCGACGAUCGUGCUGGCCUCGCCGACACGAGUGGAUACGGACCUCAUCACCACGACAGCAGGGGAGGAAGGCGUCCCCGGACACACUCCAACGAACGCCGGCGGAGAACAGAAGGAAAAGAAGUCCGCGGUGGCGUUUGCAGAGGCGGCGGCGCACGAAGCCGAGGAAGAAGCACCGCAGCAGGAGCAGCAGCCGUCCCUGCGGCGACGCGUGCGCUUUUCGCUUCCUGCCGAGCACGCACCGGAGCACCGCGAUCUCGACGAUGAUGACAAGCGUGAAGGAGAGGAACCAGGAGAGGACGAAGCGGGCGCGAAGGGAGGCGCUGGCGCCCGCAGCGGUGGUGGUGGUGGUGAUGACGCUGAAGGAGUACACGAGACGGCGGAGGCGAAUUCUGCGGAGGCCAUCACCCCUGAAAAGCCAGCACGUGGCUCCACACCACAGCCGGCACAGCGCACCACAAAAGGCAAGAACGGCGCCGGCGACGACGAGGACGCGGAGGACAGUCUCAGUGAGGCGGCCGCCGUGGACUUGCUGGAAAAGCUAAACGGACUAGACGCGCUGCUGCUGUACAAGUUCCCUACCUACUUCACCACCGGCGUGGACAGCGACGGGCUGCCCGGUGCGGUGAUGAGGCGGGAGAGGGACGCGUACACGCCGACGCGUGCGGCUGGGCAAGCGGCGGCGCUGCGCCUUUCGCCUGGAUCGUCUAGGCGGUCAGCGUCCUUCACGUCCUCCCCAGCAGACGUCCUACUUGUCGCGGGGGACGGAGGACAAGGUAAUGGAGGAAGAGGGUCGCCUGCAGCAGCAACAUCAGCAGCAGCAGCAGUCACUCCCUCAGCAAGGACGACGGAGGUGAGCGAGGAUGACGAAGACGACGAGCUAACGGCCGGUGUGCAUUGCAGAAGCGGUCCACAGCCCGACACAGCAGCUGCUGUGCCGUCGCCUGGCACGUCCUUCUUCGCCUCUGCUCCACCCCCGCCGCCCUCGCACCUCGCGUCGCCGCAACUGCCGACGGAGAGUCUGGCUACACAGAUGCGCCGCAAGUACGGCCUUCGACCAGCACCGAGAGCACCUCCCUCCUCUUUCCGCAAAGCAUCUUUGUACGACAGCACCAACAGCACGCCUUCUAUGCAUUCAACAACAACGGCAGCGGCAGCGCCAUCCGCUUCCCCCGCCAGCCACCACCUCCUCCUCCUCCAAGGUCGCCCGACGCGUGCGGUGCCAACCUUGCCGUCGCCGUUAUCAGCCUACACAGCAGCAGCGACGCCGUCCAACACGACGGACAGGAGAGCACAGCAGGAGAGCGCGCCUGGACCACACGCGCCAAAAGCGGAGCCGCCUGCCGGAAAGUCACGCGUCCUCACGACGACGGCACGCGCGACAGAGGCGAUGAAGAUGCGUACUCCCCGCACCACACAAAGCCCAACCACUCAGCGGGUUGCAGAUGCAGCGGUAGCAAAAACACAAGACCAACCGCAGCCAAGUCGAACCGCCCCCUGA